CAAAAAGACUGUGCCGUACUGUCGUUUCGUACCGUUUCGUACACAUUGCAUCAGAGAAAAGCUGUUGUAAUACACUUUUAUCUAUUCAAGUUGCAGAUAAAUUACCAUUUGUCUGAUGGAGUUCCAGCCUGUAGUUUUAGCAGCGGGAAGAGGGUCACGGAUGACAGACCUGGUGUCACAAACUUCGAAGUCCCUGCUGCCUGUUGGAAACAAACCAAUGCUAUGGUAUCCCAUCAACAUGCUACAGAGAGCUGGAUUUGAGGAGGCAAUAGUGGUUGUUUUGAGUUCAUACCAAGCCGAAACCCAGAAGUUGCUUGAGAUGUGUGGGGUGGCCAUGAGGUUAGAUAUCGUCAGCAUCCCUGACCAGGAUUACAUGGGAACUGCAGACACUCUCAGACACAUCAGGGACAAAAUUAAGCGUGAUGUCCUGGUUGUAAGCUGUGACCUGAUCACAGAUGUGAGCCUGCACCAUAUUGCGAACAUGUUCCGUACAUACGAUGCUACUGUCACCAUGUUGUUGUGCAGUCAGCCAGAAACGCCAGAUACCCCUCCUGCACCCGGUCCCAAAACAAAGAAGCGUUCAGAGCGAGACUUCAUUGGCUUUGAAGACAAUGGAAACCGAGUGUUGUUCAUGACCUCAGAAGCUGACUUAGCAGACAUGGAUGAUGAUAAAAUCAAAUUCAGGAAAUCACUCUUCAAGAAACAUCCCAAUGUUCGAAUUCGCUCAAAUCUCACUGACUGCCACCUGUACUUAAUCAAGAAGUGGGUUGUAGAUUAUCUAGCAGAAAAUAGACAAAUUUCUUCAAUAAAAGGAGAGUUGAUACCACAUUUGGUGAGGAAGCAGUUUUACAAGCAAAAGAAACAAGACCUUCCCAAAGCCAAUGAGUCUGUGAUUUCAGAGCCAGUCCAAUCCGAUAUACUAAGCUACAUACCAGAGGACCCGAUGACAGCCACAAUACGUGACAUGUCGACCUGGGUGGAUCACCGUGGAGAUAUGGAGGACUGUUGCCAUGGAGACAAAAUACGAUGCUACGCCUACACAGUCACAGGCAGUCUUUGUGUACGCACCAACACCAUAGCCUCGUACUGUGAAACCAAUAAACAGAUCCCAAGGUACUUGGCAACCCUCAAUAAAGGAGCAGCAAACAUAGAUCCCUCGGCCAUAGUGAAGGGCAAACCCCAGAUUGGCAGCGAUUGCCUGGUAGGAGAGAGUUCAGCCAUUGCAGAGAAAGUCUCAAUCAAGCGGUCCAUCAUCGGACGGAAUUGUGUCAUCGGGGAGAAGGUCAAAAUCAGUAACUCCGUCAUUCUCGACCGUGUGCAGAUUGCGGACGGGUGCAGUGUUCAGGGUUGUAUCAUCAGCAGCAAUGCCGGUCUCGGAGAGCGAUGUGAACUGAAGGACUGUAUUGUGGGUGGGGCCCAGAAUCUCCCUCCGGACAGUAAAUUUACAAAUGAAGCACUGGUUGCUGAAGAGGAAAUGCUGGAAAUAUAAUAUAGUUGUUGUUGCUAAAGACUAGAUUUAGGGAUGGUUUCAUGAUCAUUGUGCUUUGUGAAUAUUCGAAAAACGAAAACUGGCAAUAAAAAGAAUUACCUGGUCAA